AUGUUCCGAGCAUCGCGUACGAUUGCAACUUUUCUACGCAGACGCCAGUUGCUACGGGUCAUACUUGUUGCCAUCUCGCUAUACCUAGUCUUCUGGUGUUGGCUGCCCUGCCUCGACAGACUCAACACCACAGAAUGGAUCCGCCACCAUGCCGAUGCGCGUCCGCGGCCGAAACCGGACAACUCAGCCCCUAAAAACCACCCGAUCGACCAUCUUAUCCGAGACGCGAAUGCACGCCUCGAGAAACUAUUGACAAGACGCUCAUUUACCCUCGAGGACUCUGCCGCCCGCUACCGAGAGCGCCGCGGUCGCCAUCCACCUCCCGGGUUUGACCAGUGGUUUGCUCAAGCGCUCAAAGAUGAUGCCAUCGUCGUGGAGGAGUUUUUCGACAGGAUACACCAUGACAUCAAUCCAUUCUGGGCCAUGCACCCGAGGGAACUGCGAGCGCAGGCCAAUGCACACCCGCAAGUCAUCCGAGUGCGAAGCGGUCGGGUCAAAUUUGAGACGGAUGACCCAGACCGCGUGCCCUGGAUCAAUCUAUGGGCCAAGUUGGUCGAGGAGAUGAUGCCUCACCUUCCGGACCUCGACAUGCCCAUCAACGUCAUGGACGAGCCCCGCGUGCUUGUUCCAUGGGAGCAGAUCAACCAGUACGCCAGCACGGAGCGGGCCAACAGAAAGCUUGCAGACCCCCAAAACACUACGAAUGCCUACGGCGGAGUCAAAGAUGCCGAGUUGAAGGAGCAUCUCCACGACCCGGGAUGGAUCACCAACGAUGCACCCAAGUACUGGGACCAUGUGCGAGCGACUUGCUCCCCCGACGACCCAAGCCGAAACGUGUCUGCUUUGGACUCCUUCAACGGCCCUGUUGAUUUUCCAAAGGAGCCACCGCCGUACAUGUUUCGCGGCUACGUCCAAAACUUUACCCAAGCGCAAAACCCGUGUACGCAGCCGCACCUGCGCGGGAUGCACGGCGCUUUUGUGGAGAGCAUCAGCAUGUCCACGACUCACAACUUGUUCCCGCUCUUUGGCGGCUCGAAAAUGCCCCAGAACAACGAACUGCUCAUCCCGGGGGCCAUGUACCUCUCCCCGAUGGAGUUUUACAACGGAGGAGAGGACCACGGACCAGACUGGGCCGACAAGAAGAACGGACUCAUCUGGCGCGGGACGGCGUCGGGCGGCCGCAACAAGCAAGACAACUGGUGGCACUUCCACAGGCACAGAUGGGUGCAGAUGAUGAACGCGUCCGUGCUCACCGCCAUGGAACGGGGGGCCGAAGGGCAGACGUUCAAGCUCCCCCCCGGCGAGAGGUACUCGGUCAAAGCACGGGCAGACGGCAGACUAGGCGAAUGGCUGUCAUCCUUCUCGGACGUCGCGUUCGUGCACCUGGAGUGUUUCCCCGCCGUGCAAGACCGAGUGGGCACGUGGCCGUUUCAACACGACGAAGUCCGGAAGACGUGCGCGUACACGUCGCCGUUUAUGGCUGUCCGGCCAAGCCUGCCCAUGAAGGAGCAGUACAGGUACAAGUUUCUGCCGGAUGUGGAUGGCAACUCGUUCAGCGGCCGGUGGAGGGCGUUUUUACAGUCGACCAGCUUGCCGCUCAAGGCGACCAUUUACGCCGAGUGGCAUGACGAUAGGCUUGUGCCGUGGGUGCAUUUCGUGCCGUUUGACAAUACGUACCAGGACAUCUAUGGAGUUUUGGAUUACUUCUUGAGCCGGGACGACGAGGCGGAAGCUAUUGCGGGACAGGGGAAGAACUGGACCGAGCGGGUGCUUCGGAGGGAGGAUAUGAAGUUGUACGUGUGGCGGCUGCUGUUGGAGUAUGCGAGGGUGGUGGAUGACGGGAGGGAUAGCCUAGCGUUUGUGGGGGACUUGUUGAAAUAG